UGGACUUCCAGAUUGACGGCUCCGUUUUGGAUGUGGACACUUCCCAAGCUUAAGCUCCGAAUGGUUCUCUUUCUGGAAAAUGGAAGAUAACAGCACUUGAGGCUGGCCUUAUCAACACCAGCUUCAGCACCCAGGUAGAACCAUUGUCGACUGAAACCCACCUUUGCAGACACAAAGGCAAGACAGAGAAAGGAAUUGCAGUCCCUCUCUCAGGAAGUGAGCAGCCCCUUCAGAUGGCACCCUUGGAGACCCUGACCAAGGCUCUUCUCUUUGGCCUGGGGUUUUUGGCUCAUUCUCCCAGACUCAGGUGAGACCCUGAUGGGCACCCUGUGGGGCAGGUGCUGACACACGCCCCGACUCCAGCCGCUGACAUCAUUACCAGCCUCAGUAUCUAGAUGCCACAGUGCUCUUGGGGCCAGUUGGGCUGGGCACCACUGCUGCCUUUUAAGACCAUAAAACCAUGGGAAACGCAGAAAGCCAAAAUGUAGACCACGAGUUUUAUGGAGAAAAGCAUGCCAGCCUGGGGCGGAAGCACACAUCUCGCUCCCUGCGACUGUCACACAAGACACGGAGGACUCGGCACGCUUCCUCCGGGAAGGCAAUCCACAGGAACUCUGAAGUGAGCACCCGCUCCAGCAGUACUCCCAGCAUCCCCCAGUCCCUGGCCGAAAAUGGCUUGGAGCCCUUCUCCCAAGAAGGAGCCCUGGACGACUUCGGGGACCCCAUCUGGGUGGACCGAGUAGAUAUGGGCUUGAGACCUGUGUCUUACACGGAUUCCUCUGUCACUCCCAGCGUAGAUGGCAGCAUGGUCCUCACGGCCGCCUCUGUGCAGAGCAUGCCAGACUCGGAGGAGAGCCGGCUCUACGGGGAUGACGCUACAUACUUGGCUGAGGGAGGCAGGAGGCAGCGUCCCUAUACAUCCAAUGGGCCCACGUUCAUGGAGACAGCGAGCUUUAAGAAGAAACGCUCCAAAUCUGCAGACAUCUGGCGGGAGGACAGCCUGGAAUUCUCACUCUCAGAUCUGAGCCAAGAACAUUUAACAAGCAACGAAGAAAUCUUGGGUUCCGCGGAAGAGAAGGAUUGCGAGGAGGCUCGGGGGAUGGAAACAGAGGCGAGUCCCAGGCAGCUCAGCACCUGUCAGCGAGCCAACUCCCUGGGUGACUUGUACGCUCAGAAAAGCUCUGGGGUGAAGGCAAACGGAGGGCCGAGGAACAGAUUUUCAGGCUACUGUCGGAAUUUGGUGUCUGAUAUUCCCGAUUUUGCAAAGCGUAAGAUGCCACCGGCUGCUGCUGAAAAGAGUCCUCCGUACAGUAAUUAUAACACACUUCCCUGUAGGAAAUCGCACUGUCUUUCCGAAGGUGCCACCAACCCACAAAUUAGCCUUAGCAAGAGCAUACAAGGCAGAAGAGCGAAAACAACCCAGGAUGUUAACACGGGAGAGGGCAGCGAACUCGCAGACAGUGGGAUCGAAGGGGCCACCACCGACACGGACCUCCUGUCCAGGCGAUCUAAUGCCACCAACUCCAGCUACUCGCCUCCCACCGGCCGAGCCUUUGUGGGCAGCGACAGCGGCAGCAGUUCGACGGGGGAUGCUGCACGCCAGGGGGUGUACGAGAACUUCAGGCGGGAACUGGAGAUGAGCACCACCAACAGCGAGAGCCUGGAGGAGGCCGGCUCUGCGCACAGCGAUGAACAGAGUAGCGGUACCCUCAGCUCCCCAGGCCAGUCUGACAUCCUGUUGACGGCCGCGCAGGGCACCGUGCGCAAGGCUGGCGCGUUGGCAGUCAAGAACUUCCUGGUACACAAGAAGAAUAAGAAGGUGGAGUCUGCUACCCGCAGGAAGUGGAAGCACUACUGGGUGUCCCUGAAAGGUUGCACACUCUUUUUCUACGAGAGUGACGGCAGAUCUGGGAUAGACCACAACAGUGUCCCCAAGCACGCUGUCUGGGUGGAGAACAGCAUCGUGCAGGCUGUGCCUGAGCAUCCCAAGAAGGACUUCGUUUUCUGCCUCAGCAACUCCCUGGGUGAUGCCUUCCUCUUUCAGACCACCAGUCAGACAGAACUGGAAAACUGGAUCACCGCCAUCCACUCUGCCUGCGCAGCUGCCGUCGCAAGACACCACCACAAGGAAGACACGCUCCGGCUUCUCAAGUCGGAAAUCAAGAAGCUGGAGCAGAAGAUCGACAUGGAUGAGAAGAUGAAGAAGAUGGGUGAGAUGCAGCUGUCUUCCGUUACUGACUCGAAGAAGAAAAAGACCAUUUUAGACCAGAUCUUUGUUUGGGAGCAGAAUCUCGAACAGUUCCAGAUGGACCUGUUUCGUUUUCGCUGCUAUUUAGCCAGCCUCCAGGGUGGGGAGCUGCCAAACCCCAAAAGGCUACUUGCUUUUGCAAGCCGGCCCACGAAAGUGGCAAUGGGACGCCUUGGGAUCUUUUCUGUCUCGUCUUUUCAUGCCCUGGUGGCAGCCCGCACUGGUGAGAUUGGAGUGAGAAGACGUACUCAGGCCAUGUCCAGGUCUGCAAGCAAGCGAAGGAGCAGGUUUUCUUCUCUCUGGGGCCUGGACACUACCUCCAAAAAGAAGCAGGGACGCCCCACCAUCAACCAGGUGUUUGGAGAAGGACCUGAUGCAGUCAAGAAAUCGUUAGAGGGAAUAUUUGAUGACACUGUUCCAGAUGGCAAGAGGGACAAGGAAGUGGUCUUACCCAGUGUCCACCAGCACAAUCCAGACUGUGACAUCUGGGUCCAUGAAUAUUUCACUCCAUCCUGGUUCUGUCUGCCCAAUAAUCAGCCAGCCUUGACGGUUGUGCGGCCGGGGGACACUGCGAGGGACACCUUGGAGCUCAUUUGCAAGGCACAUCAGCUGGAUCAUUCCGCCCAUUACCUGCGCCUGAAAUUUCUAAUGGAGAAUAGGAUGCAGUUCUACAUCCCGCAGCCCGAGGAGGACAUUUAUGAGCUGCUUUACAAAGAAAUUGAAAUCUGCCCCAAAGUCACCCAGAGUAUCCACAUUGAGAAGUCAGACUCCACCGCUGGAAAUUAUGGGUUUUCCCUUUCUUCUGUGGACGAAGAUGGUGUCCGGAGGCUCUAUGUGAACAGUGUCAAGGAAACAGGCUUAGCAUCCAAGAAAGGCCUGAAGGCGGGGGAUGAGAUUCUUGAGAUCAAUAAUCGUGCUGCUGGCACCCUGAAUUCAUCUGUGCUCAAAGAUUUCCUCUCCCAGCCCUCCCUGGGCCUCCUGGUGAGGACCUACCCUGAGCUGGAGGGAGGACUGGAACUUCUGGAGGACCCACCCCACCGAGUGGACGGCCCUGUGGACCUCGGCGAGAGCCCCCUCGCCUUCCUCACCAGCAACCCAGGGCACAGCCUCUGCAGUGAACAGAGCAGCAGUGCUGAGAUAGCUCCAGAAGAGGGCGAAGGAGCGGACCUGGAGUCUUCUGAUGACACAGAUCACAGCAGCAAGAGCACAGAACAGGUUGCUGCGUUUUGCCGGAGUCUGCACGAGAUGAACACCUCCGACUCGAGCCCGUCUCCUCAGGAUGCCACAGGCCCUCAGCUGGCAACCACGCGACAACUGUCAGAUGCCGAUAAAUUGCGAAAGGUGAUCUGUGAGCUGCUGGAGACCGAGCGCACCUAUGUGAAAGACUUAAACUGCCUCAUGGAGCGAUACCUGAAGCCCCUUCAGAAGGAGACCUUUCUCACCCAGGAUGAGCUUGAUGUACUGUUUGGAAAUUUAACUGAAAUGGUCGAGUUUCAAGUCGAAUUCCUUAAAACUCUAGAAGAUGGAGUAAGAUUGGUCCCUGAUUUGGAAAAGCUUGAGAAAGUUGAACAAUUCAAGAAAGUGCUGUUCUCUCUGGGGGGCUCCUUCCUGUACUAUGCUGACCGCUUCAAGCUCUACAGUGCCUUCUGUGCCAGCCACACGAAAGUCCCCAAGGUCCUGGUGAAAGCCAGGACAGACACGGCCUUCAAGGCGUUCCUGGAUGCCCAGAACCCAAGGCAGCAGCACUCAUCCACCCUGGAGUCUUACCUCAUCAAGCCCAUCCAGAGGGUCCUCAAGUACCCGCUUCUGCUCAGGGAGCUGUUUGCACUGACUGAUGCCGAGAGUGAAGAGCACUACCACCUGGAUGUGGCCAUCAAGACCAUGAACAAGGUUGCCAGUCACAUCAAUGAGAUGCAGAAGAUCCACGAAGAGUUUGGGGCUGUGUUUGACCAGCUGAUUGCUGAGCAGACAGGAGAGAAGAAAGAGGUCGCAGAUCUCAGCAUGGGUGACCUGCUGCUGCACACCACCGUCAUCUGGCUGAACCCGCCCGCCUCGCUGGGAAAGUGGAAGAAGGAGCCAGAGUUGGCAGCCUUUGUCUUCAAAACGGCCGUGGUCCUUGUGUAUAAAGAUGGCUCCAAGCAGAAGAAGAAGCUUGUUGGCUCUCACAGGCUGUCAGUCUACGAGGAGUGGGACCCUUUCCGGUUUCGCCACAUGAUCCCUACGGAAGCUUUGCAAGUGCGAGCUCUGCCAACUGCAGACGCAGAGGCAAACGCGGUAUGUGAAAUUGUCCACGUGAAGUCAGAAUCCGAAGGGAGGCCAGAGCGGGUCUUUCACCUCUGCUGCAGCUCCCCAGACAGCCGAAAGGAUUUCCUGAAGGCUGUGCAUUCGAUCCUCCGAGAUAAACACAGAAGACAGCUCCUGAAAACGGAAAGCCUGCCCUCAUCCCAGCAGUAUGUCCCUUUCGGAGGCAAGAGAUUGUGUGCGCUUAAAGGUGCCAGGCCAGCCAUGAGCAGGGCAGUGUCUGCCCCAAGCAAGUCUCUUGGGAGGAGGCGGCGGCGACUGGCUCGAAACAGGUUUACCAUUGACUCCGAUGCCGUCUCGGCUAGCAGCCCGGAGAAAGAGCCCCAGCAGCCCCCCGGUGGUGGGGACACUGACCGCUGGGUAGAGGAACAGUUUGAUCUUGCUCAGUAUGAGGAGCAGGGUGACAUCAAGGAGACAGACAUCCUCAGUGACGAUGACGAGUUCUGUGAGUCCCUGAAGGGCGCCUCAGUGGACAGAGACCUGCAGGAGCAGCUUCAGGCUGCCUCCAUCAGUCAGCGGGCCCGAGGACGGAGGACCCUUGAUAGCCACGCAUCCCGCAUGACACAGCUCAAGAAGCAAGCGGCCCUGUCGGGCAUCAAUGGAGGCCUGGAGAGCGCAAGCGAGGAAGUCAUUUGGAUUAGGCGUGAAGACUUUGCCCCCUCCAGGAAACUGAACACUGAGAUCUGAGGACCCUGUCUCUUUAGAGACUGUGUAGAUAUGAUGCUGGCCCCACACUCACUCUGCUCACACACUCCCCCCCACCCCCCAGUGCCGUCCACGAGAAUGUCCCCUUAGGUUGCACUCUUGCACACAGAUUUUGGCAGCUGACUCGGGUCUGAAGCCAUGUAGCCACCCACCUUUAUCAUUCUUAAUGACAUCAGAGAGAAUUGUUCAGAGUCCCAACUAACUAAGCCCAAGUCCUACCGCCUGUGUAUUACCAAGGGCUUUUAUUUAUUCUCAGUUCAUCAGGGCCUGAAGAAUUAGAACAAAGAAUCUAUAGCACUGGAAACCACACUGUUCCCAACCCAGCAGUCGAAGCAAAGUAUGAGAGGGACAGGAUAGCAUACACACAGAUGCCACAGCUCUUCCUCUCCGAAUCCAGUCUGUCAGCUGGGGAACAACCACCUUCACACACACACACACACACACACACACACACACACACACACACACACACGACAAAUGGAAACAUCUGUACAGCCUGCAGUGUUUGGACUCCCCGCUCUUCAGUGUCUGAGCAUACCUGUAUUUUGAGAAUUGUGAGGAAAGGGUGGUUGCUUCUGUUCUGAUGAGCCUUCUAUUAUUUUUCCCUUUGUUUACGUCUAUAGCUGGUCUUACUCUAUGUCAGUCAGUGUUCGAAAGCUCUAGUUUUGCAGAGAAUUAUAAAGAUGCCAAACUCUUGGGAAAGAGAUCCAGAUUUAUCAGAGAGAGAGAGAGAGAGAGAGAGAGAGAGAGAGAGAGAGAGAGAGAGAAGAAACACUAUUUUUUGUAUUUUCCUUGAGAUGCAGGGGCACAAAGAGAUGAGAAUUUUACAGUGUUAGGUGUAACUCAGUCUGAAGAUGAAUAUAUAACCUUUUGCAGAGCGAGUGAGGCACGAUGACUUUAUAUUUAUAUAUAAAUGGCCAACAAGAAGCUCAUGCGAAGAAUAAAAUUUUUUUCCUGAGAAA